UGAAAAUGACGAGAGGGAGAGAGUGGAGAUAACAGGUUGGACUUUGCGACCUCGGACACACCCAGCCGGCAAGGAACGUCGCUAUAUAUACGGACGGUCCGCAACACCUCUGCCUACUUCACCCAGAGAUCUGCUAGUCGACGGCCUCUCGAUCGGUAUCCGUUCGAACGCCAAAAUGAAACUCUUUGCCCUGCUCAUGGCGUUGACUCUGGUCCUCGGGUCCCAGGGCUUCCUGUUCCCGUGGCAGGAGGAACAUCGGUCCAGGUUCGAGAAGGCUCGGGACGCCUUCUGGGAGUACGUCGCUCGCAUGAGUGAUAUGGCAGAGGAGACACUGGAGACAGUGAAACAGUCGGAACUGGGCCAGGACAUCAACGAGCGGAUUGCCCAGAGCGUCAGCAGCGCUAACCUGUACGCGGCCGAGGUGAGCGAGAAGGUGCGGCCCCUCGCCCAGGAGCUGGUAGAGCAGCUGCGCAAUAACGCCGAGACCAUGCGGCAGCAGAUCGCCCACAACCUGGCCGAGGUGAGCCAGCGCUUGUCGCCCUACGCCGAGCAGCUGCAGGAGCAGCUGAGCGCCCGUCUCACCGAGCUGGGCCAGACCAUCAAGGAGCGGGCCGACACCGACGCCGAGGCCCUGGGCCGCGAGCUCCGCGAGGCCGUGCAGCUCAGCGUGGAGGCCUUCAAGGAGAAAAUGGCUCCCUACUCGUCCGAGCUCCAGCUGAAGGUUAACCAGGGCAUCGAGCAGUUCCAGCAGGGCCUCAUCCCCUUCGUGGAGGAGAUGCAAGCCCGGAUGGUUCAGCGUGCGCAGGAGCUGCAGGAGAACCUGCGGCCCUAUGCCGAAGAUGUGGUGAGCAAGGUCUCCACCAACGACCAGGUCGAAACCAGCCAGCUCUCAACCUACGACGAGGACGUGCAGGAAAAGAUUAACGCGAUGCUGGAGGAGAUCCAGCAUGAAAUCUGAACUCUUUACCACCAUGAUAACUGAACAUACAGACACUCCCAUCCGUCUCCCCACCUAACCUCACCCCCUACUCAGUGUGAAUA